AUGGGCUUUACAAGAAACUGGGAUUCCUCGUGCCCACGAGUUUGGGACUCCUGGGAGACAGAUGGUACCAAAUGGGUGAUACAGGACUUGGCACCAGAAGACGACAAUACAGCUCUUGAACUACUUGUAAACCAUCUUCUAACCGAUGAAACGUUGUGCAACCUCAGUAGCUACUUUUACGGUGACUUAACUGAAUUUUUCGGCUGUUACACUGAAAUUGAAGGCAAGAAAACUUUAGUCGCCCUAAACUUGUGCAUCGUUGCAAAUAUAGAAGAAAAACUUUCAGCGGAUGAUAUUUUUGUACAUGACGUGGCCUGGAAAAACGUCUUCAAUGCGAUGGAAUAUGUAGAAUCCAAAUGCAAUACCUUCGAGUAUCUUGGCGUGGAUAGAUUAUUAAACGCACUCGGUCUAGUAGUGAAGCCUGAAUUUAGAGGGCACAAAUUGGGUAGCAAAAUUUUAACAGCUAUGAAAACUAAUCGAAAGGAAUCUCUAUGUAAAUCUCAAGGUCCACAACCUCCACACUGUCUUCUGGACCUGCUUCACAGAAGUCAGCAGCAAGCAGUCAGUCAGCAGCAGCAAAGGAGUGGGUUCGAGACAAGGGCGACCGUUACGUUGAAAUAA